CGUAAAUAAGUUGAUCAAGCUCCUGCUGCUUAUUUGCGAGCUUGUUGUCUUCCUUUAGCUUUAAUUAUCUCUCGCUUUAGUCAUUUUAAUGUCAGCGAUACGAUUUCACACAAACUCGUGGAGAUAAAGGCGGAAUCGACAUUUAAUUUGACACAGGAGGACAUGCCCUCUGACUUUGUAACGUAACUACAAAGUGAGCGGCGUGUGGACAACAAACCGGACCGUCAAUCAAGAGCUAACAGCGGGUAGCGCCUCAAAUCUGCUCCCCCUGUGCCGCUCCUUCACUUGUUCUCUUUCAUUUCGUUUUCGUCGGCUUUCUAGAUUCUGUCGCCAAGUUCAGUCGGUUGUCUCGCCAGGAGAGGAUGAACUGGCUUUUCCCCCUUUCCAAAGGCUCCGGACCUCUCCCUCCUCUCAACAGCCUACAGCAACAAAGACAGCGGCAGAUCGAGUCUCUGAAGGCGGCUCACCCCAGCCUCGCAGAGAUCCAGAAGGAUGUUGAGUACCGGAUACCAUUCACAGUCAACAACUCCACCAUUAGUGUUAACAUUCUGCUGCCACCUCAGUUUCCUCAGGAGAAGCCGGUGGUCAGUGUCUAUCCCCCUGUUGGUCACCAUUUAGUCGACAGCAAUAAUGGUACCAUGAUCACAAGCCCUCUCAUCAGUAAUUUUGGGAUGCACUCAGAUCUGGGUAAGGUUAUUCAGAGUCUGCUGGAUGAGUUCUGGAAGAGUCCUCCUGCCUUGAUGUCUUCUGGUUCCUCUGGCUUUCCAUACAGUAUGUACAAGCCAUCCGGCAUGGCUCCUUACCCAACUCAGGUGUUCCACUAUGGUCCUCGCCAUGUGGGCCCAAGUCAGACGCCGCCACCAGCUCCUUCUCAAGCUCCAGGUUCCAUGUCUCACCCAGGUGUCGAUAGUGUCCAUGGGCCUCCUCGAGCCCCAGCCCCAUAUGGACUCAUUACUGACCUUCCACUGCCUGUACCAACUGGAGACUCACAGGCUGGACUUAAUGGACACAUGUACAAGAUGCCUGAGAUUCCUGAGUCGUUUCCUGAACUCUGUGACUUAAAUCUGACCCAGUUGUCAGAUAUGUCUGAAAAUGAGGAUGUGUUACUGGAGUUCUUUGUGAGUUUGCCACAACUCAAACAGGUCACCAAUGAUAAAGAAGAGCUGGUAACCAGCAUAGUGGAUAUGGCUAAGAAAAACCUUCAGAUGGAGCCACAGCUUGAAGGAAAAAGACAAGAAAUGCUUUACAAGUACGAACAGCUGACUCAGAUGAAGUCAGCCUUUGAGACAAAGAUGCAAAGACAACAUGAACUCAGUGAGAGUUGCAGUCUUAGUACUCUGCAGGCUCGGUUGAAGGUUGCAGCGCAUCAGGCUGAGGAGGAGUCAGAGGAGACAGCUGAAAACUUCCUGGAGGGACGUACUGACAUAGAUGAAUUCCUGACCAGUUUCAUGGAAAAGAGAACGCUUUGCCACAGCCGAAGGGCCAAAGAGGAGAAGUUGCAACAGUCCAUCAAUACACAUGAACAGUUUCCUACCAGCCACUAGAACACAAGGUUUGGUGUUUUCUCAGCCAACUGCUGCCAACUAAAACGUUGAAGACAGUAGAAGGGACGAAAAGCACACAGAGUCAACAAUGGGCACUUUGGAGAAAUAGGAAGACGGUGAUGGUCAUGGUGGGCUGAAAAAAGAAGGCCAUCGCGCCCAGAGCUGGGCUAAAAAGCUGUUUAAAGUUGGAUCGUUUGUGAGCAAGAUGGACAAGCUAUUGAGUCACCACAGGAGGCCAAAUGUGGGAGAGUGACACAAACGUAGCUGUUCCAGCCACAUUAAUGAGGAUUGAUCACAUUGUGGAUAAUUUCUAUUGCACACGCUGUUUGUCCAGUUUUGACUCGACAGUGAUGACAAAGAGUUUUGUUUUGUUCCAGGAUUCAUUUCACAUUGAGUGCACUUGAUCAGAGUGGUAUGAAAUGUGAACACUUUUUGAUGAAAGUACAAAUUGCGUAGGACAGUAUUCCCAAUCUUACAUUUUCCCUGCAGUGAGCAAGUAAAUAUCACUAUAAGAUGAUUGUGCUAAUUCUAAUGUUGGCAUCUGUACUUCCCAUUUCUGAGAUCAUUGUCCAGUCCUUGUUUUAUUAUCUCAGAACAGCCCCAGACAGAAGAACAACUUUUGCACUCCUCCUUUAAUCUCCUGUUUACAUUAGAAAGGUUGUUCCAGAUAUUUAUAAGUCUUAGUAAUGGCAGUGUCAUAUCAAUAAGUGAGAAUUAUCUAUUCAACGCAUUCUUCAUUUGGAAUUAAAAAAUAAGAACACAUUUGGGAUUUAACACAAAACAAGGACUGGACAGUUUUUUCAGAAGACCUACAAUUUCGGCUGUUUAAAAAUUCUGCAUACUGUCUGCAGAAAGUGGUUGACUCUUCAUCAAGUUGGUGGGUCUCCCACUUCAGCAAAGUCUUGAACACAGUGUAAAUAUCAGUGUGUUUGCCUGAACAUGAAUAAUUUGUGUAAACACUCUUAACGCAGUACUCUGAGUCAAAAUAACCAUUACUCUCUACAAGCUGAUAUGGAUAAUGAUUAUGGAUCUAUGUAUUAAUACAGAAAACUAUUUUUCUUCUCAUUCUGUGGGGCACUGGUAAAAUGUUCCCUGCUGUUUACCACACAGUAUUUCAGCCAUUGACCAGUCAAACAAGUUGUGUAAACUCAGAUUAUCAGGGGAAUCAGAGUACUUUAAACCAUGAUAACGGUUUAUUGACACUACCUAGAGUGAUUUACAUUCAAAAUAUUUGUGUAUAUAGACACACUGAUCUCCACUUUGCCCUGAUGAGCACCACAAUAUUAACCAGACUAUUAUCUGACACCCUAACUUUAGGCGCCUCGGAAGAAAUGGGAUAAUGUUGAGGAAUAUUAGGUUAAGUGCUGAGGUAAAACUUGAUGACAUUGGAUACUGUAUUUAAAUAAUGUUAAUAAUAGGCUAUAUUGUAAUCAGAAACUCAGACAUCUUGUAUUAUAUGUUCUUAUUUAAUUUGUUAGAGUAAUAAAGCAUUUAGAAUAAAUCUUGGUUUCAUGUGUUGUUUGACAAUCGCUAUAAGCACAUUGAAUUUACAGUUAAGCCAUCAUUGAUCUCACAACAGGCAAAAAACUACGAUUACUAACACUCAGCGCAACUUGCACAUCAUCAUGCCCAA